AUGCCUAUCUCCAUACUGAAGUCACCAUCGACCUCUUCUGCUUCGCCAAGAAAACGAAGAAUUUCCUUCAACAAGCGAGUCAAAGUUUUGGAAAUUGAUCAUCACCAAGACUUUUCCGCCCAAGAGCUUGAAAGCUACUGGAACACACCUGAAGAUUACGCAGCCAUCCGAGAUGAAACCGAUUCUACUGUCGACUACUACAAUCGACUGGAAAGUAAGGCGGCUUCUGUAUCCUCAGUUGAUUCCUCUUCGUUGACAAAGGCUUUAGACGAAGCUUCCUUGUGUUUGCGAGGUUUGGAACACCGUACCAAUUCCUCCAAAGGUCUGAAGGCUCAUCUCCGCAGACAAGCCUGGAAAUUUGUUUUGGACGAGCAAGACAUUCAAUUUGACUUGGGAUCGCAAGACGAUUCUGUCAUCCUACGUGAGGUUUACAGAAUCUAUUCCCUUCCAGCGUCAAGGAUUGCUCAGCAGAAGGGAUGGAAGGACGCCGUCCAAGCCGGGAUUACUCCGACGGAAGCCCAGCCACCAAUGGAAGUAAUUAUCAAAUCCUCGCCAUCUCAAAGGGAUACUGCAUUGUCUCCACCAACCAUGCGACCACGGGGAGGAGCUCAAAAGAACUCCAUCGUCUCGCAAGCUGCCUAA